AUGGGGAAGAAAGGAGCGAAAGCAGUAUCUGGCAGUGCAAAAGCAGACGUAUUCAAGGCGUUAAUUAUUGCCGACAGUUUCGAUCCGCGAUUUCUGCCAGUUACCUACGACUCUUGCAUU